AGUCGACAGAUUGCUUCGCUUUGUCUUUCGCUUUUGCUCCUCAACACCCUCUCUGCUUUCUCGUGUCGUGCCACCGUUCUUUCUGCCGCCUUCUCCCAGCUUGAGUACCCAGCACCGCACUCGUCCCCCCGAUGACGGCGCCGAAGCUGCUUGUCGCUGUGGUGGCUGUUGCGUGCGUGGUGCUUGCCGCCGCCGCUGUGCCCGCGCACGCCCUGCACGCCACGUCGUCCGCUGCUGCCCUGUUUGCGGAGUUCAAGCAGACGUACGGCCGCGCGUACGCGACGCAGGCCGAGGAGGCUCGGCGGCUGCGCAACUUCGUGCACAACCUGGAGGCGACGAAGGUGCACCAGGCCCGCAACCCGCACGCGACGUUCGGCGUGACCAAGUUCUUCGACCUCUCGGAGGCCGAGUUCCGCCGGCACUACCUGAACGGCGCGUCGCACUUCAAGUCCGCGAUGAAGCUCGCGGCGACGCUGCCGGUUGUGAGCGCGGACGUGUCGGCUGCUCCUGCGACGAAGGACUGGCGCGACGAGGGCGCCGUGACUCCCGUGAAGGACCAAGGCUACUGCGGCUCCUGCUGGGCGUUCUCUGCGGUGGGCAACAUCGAGAGCCAGUGGAAGGUUGCGGGCCACCCGCUGGUGCGUCUGUCUGAGCAGCAGCUGGUGAGCUGUGACGACGUCGAUAUGGGCUGCAACGGCGGAAUCAUGGACCAAGCCUACGAUUGGCUGAUUAACAGCGCGAACGGCAGCGUGUACACGGAGGAGAGCUACCCCUACGUCUCGGGCAGCGGCCUUGAGCCGCACUGCAAUGAUUCCAGCGACCUCGUCAUCGGUGCCUCAAUUGAGGGCCACGUCUCUAUCAAACAGGAUGAGGAUGUGAUGGCUGCGUGGCUGGCGGAGCACGGGCCUAUUGCGAUUGCUGUUGAUGCGAAUGCCUUCCAGUCAUACCGCAGUGGAAUCCUUACGGACUGCAGAGGAGCGCAGCUGAACCACGGUGUGCUGCUGGUUGGGUACAACACGACGAACGAGAUCCCGUACUGGGUGAUCAAGAACUCGUGGGGUGCAGACUGGGGCGAGGGUGGGUACAUCCGCGUGCGCAAGGGCACGAACGAGUGCCUGAUCACGGAGUACCCCGUGUCCGCCACGGUGUCUGGCAAGACGCAUGCCCCCGUCACGACAUCCACCGUUGCCCCGGGCGCGACGGUGGUGGAGCAGACGACAUGCAGGGAUCACAUGUGUACCCUGAGCUGCAGGACUGCCCGAGUUCCGGUCGAUGAGUGCCGCAAGGACAGCGACAGCGGCUCCUUCAAGGUGCAAUGCGGUCUCGACCAGGUGAUCGAGCGCCGCUACGCCUCCAACGACUGCAGUGGUGUGCCGACGUUCACGGUGACCCCUACGGACAUGUGUAUGAUCCAGCCCACGAGUUCGUACAGGAACGUAUGCAUGGAGGCAUAA